GUAACCAGGCAGACACGAGGAUUUCCACAUCAAAUCUUCCCUAGCAGCGCACUACCACCAUAUGCAACUCAGAUUUUCCGAGUGAAUUGUGGACGACGGUGUACGUGGCAUUUUGCCGACGUUUGUAAUCAUCGAUUCCAUCCAGGAGGUCCAAUAUCAUCCAUUACCUCGACUUCCCGUCUCCUAAUUGGGGAAUCUGUUCGCAUAUCCUCUAUAUCGACAAUAACCCUGAUAUAGAGAAUACUUGGUUCUGGAAGCAUACAUCAACAACACUCUUUGUACGCUUAUCGAUACCCAGAAGUAGUUUCCUUAAAGAGUUUUAUACUGCAAUAGCUGCAAUAGUUUUUGUAAGAGAUCAUAGAUCAGAAGAUAUUCACUCCAUUCAGAAAGGAGUGGAAACGACUAUCGAUAUCUCCAACGAAGACUAAACACGCUUGAUUAAUUAUUUUACUUAUUUUUCUAUCUCUCCAACCACAGACAAUCAUAACAGAUCCCUCAGGUUCUCUUACACUCCUACAAUUACGAAUUUCUCAGGAUUUUGAAUACAUCCUUAGAACCAAGGAAUUCUAAAUAAUUAUUCUCUUAUCAACAAACAGGGUUUUUUCAGAAAGUAUUUAUAAUAUCCUUGGAAACCUUUCCAUUGAUCUAAUAACAAACUUUGUGAGAGCUAUCGGCUCUAGUUGAUUACGUCAAUAGUUGAAUUUAGGAAAGCGCGAGCUUUCCUGUUUUCAUUGUAGGAAGUCUAGAAAGGCCUAACCAUGAAGAGAAUAAUUAUCUCGGUGCCCAAGAGCCGCCAGCACGAUCAUAGGGAUAGGGAUCAUAGGGAUAGGGAUCAUAGGGAUAGGGAUCAUAGGGAUAGGGAUCAUAGGGAUAGGGAUCAUAGGGAUAGGGAUCAUAGGGCGGAGAUGCCGAUGUCAUAUAGCCCUGCUGGGCACGGCACCCCCAAGUCCCGUGCCUCAUCUUCCCCCCGGUCCUAUCAUGCCCCACCCUCACCCCGGUCCCAUCAUGCCCCACCCUCACCCCGGUCCCAUCAUGCCCCAUCUUCACCCCGGUCCCAUCAUGCCCCAUCUUCCCCCCGGUCCUAUCAUGCCCCAUCCUCACCCCGUGGGGGAUCCUCUGCCUCGUCAAACUACCCCCCCACCUCGCCGUCAACUCGCAGCAGAUCGAGCCGCCGCUGGAGCAGCCAAGCCUCCUCCCCUUCUAGCAGCUCUGGUGCCCAAUACUUCAAAUUCCCCCCUUCUUCUUCUUCGAUGACUCCAUCUAGCACCUUCCAAUCGGACAUGUCCAGGCGGCGCUCAGCCUCUGAUCUGUUAGCUGAGGAUGAGAGGGAAACCCUCACCACCUGCACUGGCACCGACAUCGAAACCCAAGCAACUUACUUGUCAAGACCUUCAUCUCCUGCUAGAGGUCUCGCUUUCUUGGCAUCGUGACGCAACUCUUCCGCCAAUGUGUCCAAUGAAGAUCUGGCUCCCCUGCAGAACUUUCAGAACACUUCAAGAGGCCAACAGAGAAGGACAUCCAAUUUCCUGGAGCUGCCUGUUGUGGGUCAUCAUUCGAGGCCCCGUGUAUGCUCUCUGCCAGAGAAGUCCUACAAUCCAAGGGGUUCUGGCGAUGAACUGUACCGUUUGAGAACCUUCUCCAUCACCAACAAGGGAGUUGUCAACAACGGUGACAGCAUUAUAAAUAGACGCUCUCGCUCUAACACGUCGGUCAAUUCUACUGUUAGCCGACACAGCAAUCAUAGCAACGCGAGUCCGUUUGAUAGAUCUUGCUGCGGAUCUGUGAAUAAUAUAUCCACUCGAACUGGCAGUGUGGAUGAUGUUUCGCUGUAUAGAGUGGUCUUGAUGGGAGAAGCUGGUGUUGGAAAAACUGCUUUGGUAUCGCAGUUCAUGACAUCUGAGUACAUGAAUACUUAUGAUGCUUCUUUGGAUGACGAGUUUGGUGAAAAAUCUGUCUCUAUAUUGCUGGAUGGAGAAGAGUCCGAAAUGGUUUUCAUCGAUCAUCCUGCUACCGAGAUGUCGGUUGAGAACUCUUUAUCAACUUAUGAGCCUCACGCAUGUGUGGUGGUUUAUUCAGUGGUGAACAGACCAUCUUUCAAAAUCGCUGAAGAGAUUCUCAACUAUCUGUGGAGAGAAAACUUUACUCAGGACAAGUCAGUCAUUCUUGUGGGCAACAAAGCUGACCUGGCUAGAGCCAGACAGAUUUCAAGCAAUGAAGGGAAACAUCUGGCGGCUUCGCGUGACUGCAAGUUCAUAGAGACAUCUUCUGGGAUUCAGCACAAUGUCGAUGAGCUGCUUGUGGGCAUUCUGAAGCAGAUUCGUCUGCGCGAAUUGCGUGAACUGAAACGCCAGAAGCAGAACCGUCCGAACAACGGCUCACGAACAUCGCUGUCUCUGAGCAUUGCCAAAGAAAUCCUGCACAAGAUGUGUCUCAUCGACAACAAGUCAAAGUCUUGCGAGAAUCUGCACGUUCUCUAGACUGUUUCCAGACUUAUCAAAGCUCUUCUAUGUCAAGACUUUUUAGUCUUUCGUAUAGGAGGGCAGCAGCAAUCUUCCAUUCUUCUACAGGGAAACUACUUAAGCUUUCACUAGUAUAUCACUGGAUAUGAACUUCAUUGAUGUCCUCAUCUUCUGCUUGAAGAAAUCUAUCAAUGAAUUACCUGCUCAAUUCUUGAUAUUCUUUACUUCUAAGUAUAAUCUUACAUAAAAUGCCAAAAUUUCAUAGAUAGUCUUUUUUAUCUAGUGUUAGAUCGAACAGCCUAUUGUUCAGAGCUUUCAUACUGACCUAUUAAUUAUACAGUAGAGUGGAUAGAGUAAGGAUAUAAUCUGUCAAAAUAUCAAGAAAAAGAUUGAUCAAAAUUUUAUAAAAUAUAUCUUUGUUUAGUUACCUGUGUAUUUUCGAAUAAACUUCAUUCAAUGGGGGAGGUAUUAGUGGAACAUCUUGCAAAUGAAUUGAUUAAUUUAUACUCUACUGAACAAAACAAUCAAAAGCUCCAAAAAUCAUGAUCUAUCACUUUUCUAAUAGAGAUACUGUAUAUUGUAUACAAAGGGAAAAAUUUGGAAUAGAGGUUCCUGUUUCCAGAAUAAUAACGACUAUCGAAUUCUUGGUCUAAGCAUGUUUAAUACCUAUAAAUCAUACAAGUUUGAUUUAUUUAGUUCAUAUCUACUGAAUGACACAUGACAGUUCUGUUGAAGAACUCAUAGAAUAGAUUACAUAAAUUAUUACAAACUAUAUAAAAAAUUUCAUGUUUCGUAAUAACAUGUUCAGUUUGUCUGACACUUAUUAAAAAACGCACACAUGAACUUCCAAACUCACAACAGAUGGAAGUUACAGAAUGUAUGUUCAAAAAGUUUAAUAACUCCUAUAUUGUCUUGGGGACAGCAAUCAGUGAGCUCAAGGUUUUAACCAACCUCAGAAUUCAAAUUUCUAAAGAACAGUUGAGAAUACUCAAAAUCGAAUCAGAACAAGAAACCCCUUCAUUCAUACAUGAGUAAACGGUAAACAUCGUGCUUGUUUGCAAUUAUUCAAACUAUAAAUAUCAAGCUUAUUGUACAUUCAAUUACUCUGCAACGACACAUAUCAAUUACACGACCUGUAAUUGAAUUUCUUCACUCUGUAACUGCAUGAGCUAAGAAAAAUAACCAUUAUUCAAGAGUUGAGCAGUAUAAAAAAUGGUUAUUACUACUUUAUAGCUGCAUGUGGGUAAAAUUAUUUCCCAACUGAUCCUAUCUAUUCUUAAUAUGCUGAGAAGAGCUCCUGUACUCUUUUCUAUAUAACUUUUCAACUACUGCUUGUAACGAAUACAAGUAUGCCAUGUGUAUUGAAGUAGCAUCAAGCUUCAGUCCAUGAUUACUCAUUCACAAGAAUGAGCACUCAUUCCAUGAGAACACAUUUAUGAACAACACAAAAACAACACAAAUGUGUUCCAUCCUCACAUCAUAACUUCAUACGGUACAUCAUUGUCAUGUUUACUAAAUGCUUAUAAUUGGUGUUACUGUCUGAUCCAUGUUAUUCGGUGUCUACUCUGUAUAUGAUCAUUAAAUAUAAUAGAUUGAUAUUGUCGAUGGUUUAAGAAUAAAUAUAUGUCAGUAGCUUUAAGAAAUCUACAUAUAACCUUGUAUCUUUCCACUCUUUUUCAUUGUAUCGUAUGGUGCUAUGAAACUAUCAACAGUAUUUCCCUCUUGGCUGUCAUGUUAUUGUGAUCAUAUAAUAUUCUAGCUUCAAAAUGGUCUACAAGGCCAUCUUAUGGAGCGAAAAAUAGUUAUAAUAUAAUAUAGAGAUAAGUAUAUUUUUAGAGUUUAAGAACUCAUUGAACUCAUCACAUUCAAAACUAUAUCGAAUGUUUAUCAAUAUUUAUAAAUAUUUAUAUUUGUUUAUAAUUAUUAGAAGUUCUAUUUUCCAAGCAUGUUUCGUUGUUGUAAUAAAUCCAGUAUCGCAUUUAUCUAUUGUUAUAAAUUCAUCUACGAAUGCGGAAUAAACGGAAUAUAUAGUUUAUUAUUCAUGAAAAUUGUUAUAAAUCACUAUUUAUGAUGAACGGUAGUUGAAAUUUAUAUUUUCAUAAUUGAGCUACUAUUUUUGCAUGACCAUAAUGCCUACUUUACUCAUACUUGAGAAAUUCUAUAUUAAUUAUUGAAUAAAGUUAAUGAAGUUGAGGAACUAGAGUGUAAGAGUGAAUUAUAUGGAUUGAAAUAAUGUAGGUGCGAUUUUGGUAGGGGGUAGGGAGUGGUGCUACGAUUGAAUAGGCUAUAAUAUACUAGAAAGUUUUCUAUAAAAAAUAUAUAACUUAAUUGACAAACCGUCAAUUUUUAUGAAAAAACAACGUGAAAUUAUCCAUCAUUCAACAAAUUUUAGUUUUUUAUCUAUAUUUAUUUCUCUACUAAAUUAAUUUUGAAUAAAAAAGGAAAUGUAUUGAAAUGAGGUUUUAGUUGUUCGAUAUUGCAACCUUACCGGUACUAAUUUACUCCUAAUUUCCACUAUCAGGUCAUCAUCAUUUUCAUCUUCAUCUUCAUCUUCAUCUUCAUCUUCAUCAGAGAUGUAUUAUAUGUUCGAUGGAUGUUAGAGAUAAGUAAGUGUAUACCCUAUUAUAAGAUGACUGUCAAUGUAAUAAUAUAACUUUUUGCAUCGGUAUACUAAUGUUGCUGCUUUUCGAUGUCAAACAAUAAAAUGAAUGUAUAUUGCAUUUGAAUAGCUGUCAGUCAACCUUUAUUGUUCAAUAGUAACUUCAGAGACUGUAUUGACGAGCUAUCCUUAUUUGUGAGCAUGAAUGAUGUUGAAUGAAAUUUUGAUUAUUUAUAUUUUAUUUACUUGCAUUUACUACUCAAUGUCUUUUUGGCUGUGAAAUAUUAGUGGUAGUGGUAGUAGUAGUAGUAGUAGUAGUAGUAGUAGUAGUAGUAGUAUAGUAGUAGUAAUAGUAGUAGUAGUAUUAGUAAUAGUAGUAGUAGUAUUAGUAAUACUAAAAAUAACUAUAUAUAGUAGUAGUAAUGGUAGUAGUAGAAGAAAUAGUAGUAGUAGUAGUAGUAGUAGUAGUAGUAGUAGUAGUAGUAGUAGUAGUAGUAGUAGUAGUAGUAGUAGUAGUAGUAAUAGUAGUAGUAGUAGUAGUAAUAACCAUAUAUAGUAGUGUAUAGUAUUAGUAGUAGUAGUUGUAGUUGUAGAAUCUAGCUUAGUAUAUUGUUGUGGCAGUGUCAAAACUCUAAAUCAUUUUAAAAGUAUGAAUGUUGCUGUAAUAGGUGUUUUUGAUAUAAGUCAACAAUGGAUGUCUUCUUUUUUGCUGAUAAAACUAAGUAGUAUAACAAGCACUUAUUAUUUACCAUGAUUAUUGUGAAUAAAAAGUUCAACUCAUUGAGAAAUACUCUGAGGAGGGGAAAAGCAAGCGUUAUAUCAUAUAUUAUUAUUAUAUUUUAAAGUGUGUACAGUAGGCUUAUUAGAGUUAGUUGCUAAGAAGUCAAAUGCUCUUCAUUGAAUGAACAUGUGUUUCAAGAAAAUGUAUAGGCUAAGCAUUCAGCAUCACAAAACCAUUCAUAUAAAUGUCAUUAGUAUCAAAUGUUAAACUUACAAUGUUUAACCGAUCACUAGUAUCAUGAGCAUAUUAUUGUCGUCCAUGCAUGAACAAUAAACUAAUAUCAUCGAAUAUAAGAAACUUAUGAAAAUAAUUCUUGAAUCAGUUAUUUUCAUAAGAAAUUUAAGAUCAUCUGACAAGGAGUCAGAAGAGAACCUUCUAUCAUAGUAAAUUUAAGGAAUGGUACAAUUGCUUAAAUUUCCGUAGGAAUAGAGAAAAGGCUAAGAUGAUCAUUAGGUUUGUGAGAUUGCAUUGAAUCAGUUGAAGUUUCAUGUUACCCAAGUUGAAUUCAAUGAAAAUGAAAGAAUAAACAAGUAGAUAACUUUGAAAAAAUUGUGUAACAGAAGACUGUAAGAUUGAAAUAAGGAUAUGAGGCCUAUUGUACUGUAGCCUAUAGUUUUGAGAAAAACUGAAGGGUACUGACCAAUUUCUAUCUCACAUAUGAAUCAUAAGUCAAUGAAUUUCAAAUAUUAGAAUCAGUUGAAAUUAUCGGAUGAAUGAAUCAGUUACGGGCCUAAGUCUGGUAAAAAUAAGCGUACCACUGUCUUCAUGAUGAACUUAUCAUGAAAACUUAUUGUACCUAUCCUAACUCCGCCUAAUAAUUAAGUAUAUAUGUUUGUUUUAAUUGAUUUUGAAUUUUCGAAGAAAGCGUAACAUAAUCUAAAAUUGACUGUUUUUAUAGAGCUAUCACAUAUUUUAAUAUAUUAAAUGGUUAUAUAGUUCUUAUGUGUAUAAUAUUAGAAAUAGAUAGUGUAGGGUAUGAUUGUUUGUCUACAUCAUCUUCACAAACUCAUGAUAAGUUUUUAGCUUAACUAGCUAAACUGCUUCUUGAUCCCAACUCAAUUCUUACAAUAUGGUGUGUUCCUCUUCAAGUACUUUGCAUGUGGUACUAAACCGUGCAGUAGACUACUCAACUUGUACUUACUUUUAAGAUUUAUUAAAGCCUGUUCAAAUUUCAA